CCUCUUGCGCCGCCUGUCCUUAUAAGGCGAAGGAAUGGCUAGCCGGGCGGAAGCGUGGCGCGCGCUGGCGGCUGGGAGUUUCUUCCAGGAAGAGUGAGAAACCAGGGCGGAGGGUGCAGACAAUGGCUGAACUUCAGGGAUUAAUUGACCGCCUUGAGCGUGCAGUGGGAGUCCUGGAAAAUGUAGUGUCCAAAUCAGGAGGGACUGGCUGUGGAGAUCAAGGGCAUUCCACAGCUGUUGCUCCCUUUGUGGAGGCCUUUGAUGCCUUUCUGAUGGGAACAGUGGCGCCAUAUUACUCCCAGAGUCAAGAUAUUGGAGGAGAUGUUGCGAAGCAUGCGGAGAUGGUCAAGGCAGCAUUUAACUUGCAGAGACAGCUGCUAGUGGUAGCAUCCCAAUGUCAGAAGCCUUCUGAUAGUGAGCUGGCAGUCAUUCUACAGCCUAUGUCUGGAAAAAUUCAAGAAAUUCAGGAUUUCCGUGAAAAGAACCGGGGCAGUAAACAAUUUAACCACCUGUCUGGUGUCAGUGAAAGUGUCACCGCUCUAGGCUGGGUGACGAUGAGUCCCAAACCAGGACCAUUUGUCAAAGAAAUGAAUGAUGCAGCCAUGUUCUACACAAACAGGGUCCUGAAGGAUUUCAAAGACACAGAUAAAAAACAAGUGGAGUGGGUGAAGACUUACCUUAACAUCUGGUCACAGCUGCAAGCCUACAUAAAAGAAUAUCACACCACUGGGCUGUCCUGGAGCAAAACGGGAUCAAAGGCAUCCCCAUCAUGCAUCUCUUCAGCAGGAGCACCUCCUAAACCUGGUUGUGGUGCUCCACCCCCACCACCUCCCCCAGGACCACCACCACCACCUGCGCCAGCUGGACCACCAGCAUCCUCUGAAGAGCCCGUUUCCCGUUCCGCACUCUUUGCUGAAAUCAAUCAAGGUUCAAACAUCACAAAAGGUUUGAAGCAUGUGUCUGAUGACCAGAAAACACACAAGAACCCUGCACUGAAAACCCAGAGUGGUCCUGUACGCAGUGGGCCCAAACCUUUCACAGCACCAAAGCCUGGAUCAGGCAGCUCACCUGCCCAUCACAAAGUAGAAUCAACCACUAAAAAGCCUCCUGUGUUGGAGCUAGAUGGGAAAAAGUGGAAAGUGGAAAAUCAGGAAAAUGCCCAGGGACUGGUAAUUAAUGACACAGAGUUGAAGCAGGUGGUCUAUGUCUAUAAAUGCACCAACAGCACUCUUCAUGUCAAGGGCAAAGUUAAUUCCAUUACUUUAGAUAACUGUAAGAAGAUGGGUUUGGUAUUUGACGAUGUUGUGGGGAUUGUGGAAGUGAUCAACUGUAAAGAUGCCAAAAUUCAGGUAAUGGGAAAAGUUCCCACAGUUUCAAUCAACAAGACAGACGGAUGCCAUGUAUACUUGAGCAAGAACUCCUUGCAAUGUGAGAUUAUCAGUGCCAAGUCAUCUGAGAUGAAUGUUCUGGUGCCAAAUAACAGUGGGGAGUUUGUGGAGCUGCCUGUACCAGAACAGUUUAAGACGGUAUGGAACGGAACAAAAUUGGUAACUACUGCAACUGAGAUAGCUGGCUAAAGACGCGAGGAGCUCCUGCCCCUUCAUCCAAUAACCAGUUGGAGCUAGUGCUUUGCCUUCCUUGCUAAUCUUUGAAAUGACAGGCUAGAGGAGAACUUAUUCUAUUUUUUUUUCCCCCGUACUCUUUUAGAACCUUUUUAGAGUGGGUUUUUCUGAAAAUAUGCAACUGCGCACUUAAUUCUUCCUAUCAUUCCCUUUUUGUUUAAUUAUCUAACACUUUUUUUUUUUUUUCUUUUUUGCUGCUUUUUUUAAAUAUUGUUGAGUAUAGUUUUUUCCUAAGUCCAAAGGAGCUCCGAUCUCCUUGGGCGUGAUCUACUUCAGUACAGUUUUUCCCACCUUGCAAUGGUUUUCUGGAUCUUGUGUCUUUGGGACCAGAGUCAAGAAAGUAACUAGGAAAGGACCAGAAAAAGGGGUUGCCAUUUGAAAAGUAGCCUGUAUAGCGGAGGCUAAACCAGGUCAACUUUAACCAUGACUGUCCAUUUCCAGCUGCACUUGAGCACUUAUUAAUUCCUUUUUUUUUCCCUACUUUCUGACUGGUUUGUGGAAGAAGUCAUUUUACAGUGGAAAUUCAGACCUCCUGUACUGAAAUUUGGGCAACGUUGUAUCAAAAGGAACACUCCUAUAGAGUGCAUUCAGGCCAGUCGGCCUCAAGUGUAGAAACCACCAUGCAGGGCUGCUGUCAGGGAUUGUCUAAAAGGGGCCAAUGCAUAGUUUAUUACAUUUUUGUGCUUUUUUAUUUUUAUAAUCGGCUAAUCUCUGUUCUGCUCGGUAUCACAGUUGCAGUAGAUUUAUACUGGCAGCAUGUAGCUAUACUGGCAAUUCCUCUGUAUAUUUUUGUCAAAGAUGUUGGAGAACAUUUAGCAAAAAAAAGAAAAAAGCAAUAAAACUAAUUUGCUGAUGAA